AUGACUGCGCCUUUCCAAACUUCGGCAAUCGUCUACCGUCAUGUUGCGAGUAUUGUACUGUGCCCCAUAUGCUACCCCAAUCCACCGCAAAUGUCACAAUCCCCACAUUUAGGCCUUCCCCAAGUGAUAAGGUGA